GACUGUAAAAGUUAUGGUACGCUUGUAUUCAGCAUUUUUUAGAGUAUCUAGUGUUUCAUUAAUCAUAUUAUUGGAAUUUCUGCAUAGUACCAUUGAUUGUUUUGCUGGAGUGUUGUUAGAACUUAGAUGAUGCAGGAUUCUGAAGACCCUACUGAUUAAUUAAACUUGUUAUAUCCGAUAUAGGUCAGGAUUUUAUUUUCUAGUUUGGGCCUGAUGUCAGGUUGGUUGUUCCCCACCCUAAGAUUAUUAAGGAGAUAUUAUCCACUAAAUUUGGCAACUAUCCAAAGCCUCCCACUGAUCCCCUUGCAAGACAACUGUUGGGAAAGGGACUUGUGGAUUUGAAAGGUGAGAAAUGGGCUCAGCACAGGAAAAUCAUCAAUCCUGCUUUCCAUAUGAAUCGCUUAAAGGGGAUGAUUCCAACUAUUGUGAGAAGCGGUGCCAAUAUGUUGGAUGGAUGGAGUAAAUUGAUAUUGUCAGGUGCAUCGGAAAUUGAUGUGCAAAAAGAGUUCAACGACCUCACAGCAGAUGUCAUUUCCCGCACAGCAUUUGGAAGCAGUUUAACAGAGGGAAAGCAUAUCUUUGAAAUGCAGAACAAACAGAUGAUUCUUGUAGUUGACUCAUUUCACAGUGUUUAUAUUCCAGGUUUCAGGUUUCUUCCUACUGCGAAGAAUAGGCAACGUUGGAAUGUGGAGAAAGAAAUAAGAAGAUCCUUCAGACAAAUUAUAGAUGGCAGGGAAAGGACUGCUAUAACAGAAAAAUCAGGUAGAUAUGGUGCCGAUCUACUAGGUUUUAUGAUGUCUGAGAGCAAGGAGCAGGGGAGAGUCAAUGUAAAAAGUAAUGGAAGCCUGAGUACAGAGGAAAUCAUUGAUGAAUUGAAGACUUUCUACUUUGCUGGUCAUGAAAGCACAUCAGUACUGUUGCAAUGGAGUAUAAUAUUGUUGGGCAUACAUCAAGAUUGGCAAGAGCGAGGUCGCAGAGAAGUGAUGGAAGUAUGUGCAAAAAACAAUUACCCAGAUGCAGACAGCUUAAGUCGCCUCAAAACUGUGGGAAUGAUCAUAAAUGAGGUCUUAAGACUUUAUCCACCUGCAGCGCAUAUAUUGCGAAUGGCACAUGAGCCAAUGAAACUUGGAAGGCUCUCAAUUCCAGCAGGCACUCAACUUGAGAUUCCCAUCCUAGCAAUUCACCAUGAUCCUGCUUUGUGGGCAGACGAUGCCAAUGAUUUCAACCCAGGGCGAUUUAAUGAAGGAAUUGCAAAGGCUGCAAAGCAUCCAAUGGCAUUCAUGCCCUUUAGUGCAGGUCCAACUAUAUGUGUGGGUCAGAAUUUUGCCUUGUUGGAAGCAAAAUUAGUUUUGGCUAUGAUUCUGCAAAAAUUUUCUUUUGUGACUUCACCAUCUUAUACUCAUGCUCCUUCGCUUUUACCUAAUCUGAAACCUGAAUAUGGAGCUCAGCUUAUCUUCCGCAUGGAAUAAUAUCUGAGAAUAGUACUGCCUAGAAAUUCCUCUAUAUUGAAAUUUUAACUAGCACUAUAUAUUUUCUGUUGUAUAAAUCUACAAUCAAAUACUGUAGAUGUUGAAUAUGUUGAAGAUUAAGAUAUAUAUUUUGUAAUAAAGCUAUUAUAAAUCAUUUGA